AUGACGGCGGUGGCGAACCUGACGUCGCGGGCGCUGGAGCCGACGGUGAAGCCGCUGGCGGCGGCGUGCUACGACAACAACCUGGUGAACUCGCAGGGCAUGUUCCUGGGCGACCAGCCGCUACGCUUCUCCUUGCCGCUCCUCCUCGUGCAGGUCUCCGUCAUCCUGGUCCUCUCCGCGGCCGCGCACCUCGUGCUCCGCCGCCUCGGCCAGUCGCGCUUCGUCACCCACAUGCUCGUCGGCAUCUUCCUGGGGCCCUCCGUGCUGGGCCGCAGCGCGUCCUUCCGCGACGUGCUCUUCUCCGAGCGCGGCACCUACAUCCUCGAGAGCGUGUCCCUGGUGGCGCUCAUCCUUUUCCUCUUCUCCAUGGGCGUCAAGACCGACCUCAGCCUCCUCCGCCGGCCCAGCGGCCGCGCCGUGGCCGUCGGCAUCAUGGGUGCCGUCGUCCCGCUCGCCGUCACCCUGCCCGUCUUCCACGCGCUCCAGCCCACGCUGCCCGAGGACCUGAAGGGCUCCUCGCUCGUCACCGAGCUCGCCGUCCGCCUCUCCCUCUCCUCGUUCCCCGUCAUCGCCGACGCGCUCUCCGACCUCGACCUCCUCAACACCGACCUCGGCCGCAUCGCGCUCACGGCGUCGCUCAUCACCGACGUCACCUCCUGGUUCAUCCGCGCCUGCACUGCCGCGGUUAUCCUCAUCGGAGAUGCCAGGUCGCCGGCGUUCACGGCCAAGAUCCUCGCCUCCUUCGUCGCGUUCGUGCUCUUCGUCGGCUUCGUCGCGCGCCCCGCCGGCCGCUACAUCGCGUACAAGCGCACCCCGACGGGGGCGCUCCUCUCCGAGGGCUCCUUCGUGGUGGUGGUCAUCGCCGCGCUGCUGUCGGCGCUGGUGACGGACGCCAUCGGGUUCAAGUACAUGAUCGGGCCCAUGAUGCUGGGGCUGGCGCUCCCCGGCGGCAUGCCCAUCGGCGCCACCAUGACGGAGCGCCUCGACUCCUUCUUCAUCGCGCUCUUCCUGCCCGUCUACAUGGCGCUCUCCGGAUACCGCACCGACCUCGCCGAGUUCACCAAGUCCGAGGCCUCGGAGAAGUGGUGCGCGCUGGAGCUGUUCGUGGCGCUCUGCGUGUCGGGCAAGCUCGUCGGCUGCGUCGCCGCGGGGCUCUUCUUCACCAUGCCGUUCCGGGACGCCAUCGUGCUGGCCCUCAUGCUCAACAUCCGGGGCAUCGUGGAGGUGGCGGCCAUCAACAACUGGGGCGACACCAUGAAGGCGACGGCGGAGCACUACUCGACGCUCACCAUGUCCAUGGUGCUCAUCACCGCCGUGUCCACGCCGCUGAUCAAGCUGCUGUACGACCCGUCGGGGCAGUUCGCGCGGGCGAAGCGGCGGUCGCUGGAGCACGCGCGGCUGAGCGCCGACCUCCGCGUGCUCACCUGCCUCUACAGCGAGGACCACGCGGCGCCGCUGAUCGACCUGCUGGAGGCGUCGGGUUCCUCCCGCGACUCGCCCAUGUCGCUCAUCGUGCUCCACCUCACGGAGCUCGUCGGCCGCGCCGCGUCCGUGCUGAAGCCCCACCGGAAGAGCACGAGGUCGUCCAACAGCGGCGGCAACCCGACGCCGUCGGACCGCAUCGUGAACGCGUUCCGGUACUUCGAGCAGCAGGCGGCGCCGGGGGCGGUGACGGUGAGCCCGUACGUGGCGCAGGCGCCCUUCAGCUCGAUGCACCACGACGUGUGCUCGCUGGCGCACAGCCGGAAGGCCAACCUCAUCCUGCUCCCCUUCCACAAGUCCUCCGACGGCGCGCGCAGCACGGCCAACAACGCCAUCCGCUCCAUCAACCGGAGCGUGCUGCAGUACGCGCCCUGCUCCGUCGCCAUCCUCGUGGACCACGGCCUCGCGUCCGGGUCGGCGUGCGCCACCGCCGCCAACAGCCUGCUCCAGCGGGCGGCGCUCUACUUCCUGGGCGGCGCCGACGACCGCGAGGCGCUGGCGUAUGCGGCGCGGAUGCCGGAAGCCGGGACCAUGUCGCUGACGGUGGUGCGGUUCAAGCUCCGGAACUGGGUCGGGAUGGGCGGGCAAGACGAGGCGCGGGACGAGGAGCUUCUGCAGGAGUUCUGGGCCAGGCACAGGGACAACGAGCGCGUGGUGUACGUGGAGAAGACGGUGGAGGACGCGGAGGGCACCGCGUCGGUGGUGCGCGCCAUGAGCGAGAAGUUCGACCUGCUCAUCGUGGGGCGCCGCGGCGGGGAGAGCGAAGGCGACCCGGAGGGGUCGACGGCGCUCACCAGCGGGCUGUCGGAGUGGAGCGAGUUCCCGGAGCUGGGCGUGCUGGGGGACAUGCUCGCCUCCGCGGAGUUCGCGUCCAAGGUCUCCAUCCUCGUCAUCCAGCAGCAGCCACCCAACAAAACCGUCGCCGCCGCAAGCUCCGUCAAUGAUUAG